AUGGCCAGCAGCGGAGUCAAAGUCCACCAGAACUGCAUUGACACUUUCCAGGAGUUGAAGCUCGGAAAAGCCCUCAAGUACAUUAUCUACAAGGUUUCCGAUGACCUCAAAAGCAUUGAGGUCGUCAAGCAGUCGGAGGAUGCCGAUUACGACAACUUCUUGAAGGAGCUCCCCGAGGACGACUGCCGUUGGGCCGUCUAUGACUUCGCCUACAAGACCGCUGAUGGCGGCGACCGCAACAAGAUUGUCUUCUACUCCUGGGCUCCCGACAACGCCAGGGUCAAGUCCAAGAUGUUGUACUCAUCCAGCAAGGAGGGUCUCCGCAAGGUCUUGAACGGUCUCGCUGUUGAGGUCCAGGGAACUGACUUGGACGAAGUUGCCCACGAGACCGUCCUUGAGAAGAUUCGCCGUUAA